AUGAGAGUUACCUUUUCUCGACAGUUCUCGUCGUCAUCCGGUUCAAAGGCCGCUUGUCGCUUUUUCUCAUCUUCGUCAACCCGACGGGAGAUUAGAGACAUUCAAAGGCUUCCUGCACGAAUCUUGCCAAAAUACCAAGAAUCUCGAGGUAGCGACUUAUUAUCGCUUCAAUGGCCGGCCCCUCCUCGCAACAUCCUGAUUGUAAAGAAGCAAAGUGCACCUGCAGUUACUGAAUCUCUGAUAGAGUUCAUCAAUCAUUUAGCAUCCACAUAUCCGUCGCUAUCGAUUAUUCUAGAGCAGAAAACCAGCCAAGAAGUUCACUCUUCCCUUUCGGUUCCCGUUUAUACUUCAACAACGGAAAAGCCAUUGUCAGCGUCAACGCAUGAUAAAGUCGAUUUGGUGGUGACUCUAGGUGGAGAUGGAACUAUUCUUCGCGCCUCGUCUCUCUUUGCGACAUCCCACGAUGUACCGCCUAUGCUGUCUUUUAGUAUGGGCACCUUAGGGUUUCUGGGAGAAUGGAGAUUCGAUGAAUACAAGCGAGCAUUUCGAGAAGUCUACAUGUCUGGCUCAGGUGCAGGAGACCGUGCUCCUGUUCUCGAUGACCCGGAGCCUAGAGCUACCGACGAGGACGUUGAGUCAAAAAUGGGACCAACAGGUUGGUCCUCUAUUCGUGGCAAAUCAAUGGGUUCCACGAGAGGUGCCCGGGUAUUGAUGCGUAACCGUUUGCGCGUUGGUCUCUUUUCUCCAGAGGGGAAAGCAAUCGUCCCUCCACCACAUUCCAACACCGUGGCAGCUGGUACACCAGAUCCGCGGGUCUACGCAUUGAAUGAAGUGCUUAUUCACCGAGGAAAAGAGCCCCAUCUCGCUGUUCUGGACGUCUUCGUCGGCGGACGUUUUCUAACCGAGGCGGUCGCGGAUGGUAUGAUCAUUUCGACACCCACCGGAAGCACCGCCUAUAGCUUGAGUAGCGGAGGCAGCAUCGUACAUCCUCUGGUUCCUUCACUUCUUUUGACUCCAGUGUGCGCUCGUAGCUUGAGCUUUCGACCGCUGGUCCUACCAUCAAGCACACCAGUCACUCUGCGACUGAGUCCAAAAAAUCGUGGCCGAGAAGUUGAGUUGAGCAUUGAUGGCAAGAACAUGGGUCAAGCCAUGUCUGCCGGAAUGGAAGUGCGAGUCUGGGAUGAGGAGAUUCGACAUGGAAAGAACGAUUGGCGAGGCGGCGUGCCUUGUGUAAUGCGACGAACGAUAGGCGUCACCGAUGAUGGCUGGGUUGGUGGACUGAAUUCGCUUUUGAAGUUCAACUACCCGUUUGGAGCAGAUCCGUGA